AUGGCCGCUACAUUGUCCUCCUUCCGCCUCCCCACUGUCGCCACCGCCGCCAUCCCCCACCCACCGAAGCCCGAUCCGAGCCGCAGAUCCAACAAUUGGUGGGCGCCCAUCCUCGGUUGGUCCGCCGAGCCCGACUACAUUACCAACCAAAACUCCGAUCCCGCUGCCGAAUCGAGGCGGAUCUCGGCCGACAAGAGCCUCUUCCGCGGCUGCUUCACGGAGCAGAAGGCGAAGGAGCUGCGGAAGAAGACGAUCGAGACGACGACGUUCCACGACAUUAUGUACCAUUCCGCGAUCGCCUCCCGCCUCGCCUCCGAUCUGUCCGGCCGCGCCGAGGAUCGUUGA